UACUGAUUUCAUGUUAAUUAUUUUUGUUGCAUGUGGAUUAUAUAUGAUGCAGUAUUUUCGUGGCUCAUGGCAAUUUAUCAACUAUUGUCAACUGUUGAGCUUCAUGUUCCUAAAUAUUCCUAUCAUUGAAUUUAGCAUUUCAAAGUUUGUUUUUUCUCUGAGACUGUGCCAACUGGAGUUAAAAUUUGAGUGAAGCAAAAGGAACAUAUUUGUUCUUUAUCUUACCUUUUGAUAAAGAAUAGAAUAGUGUCCUUAUGUUUAUCAAUUUGCCUGGUUUUUAUUUUUGACAUUAACUCCACCUUAAACAAUUUUGAUACUCACUUAUUCACUUACAAAAUCCACCAAUAUCAUGGUUUUGCAGAUUGACAAAGAGCUUCUUCCGGAAGUGGUUAAAAUGGGAUUUGACAGAAAUCAAUUGGUUGAAUUUUUAUGCAACAGGAUCCAAAAUGAGAUGGGGCUAGUGAUGAUUUGUUUAAAGAGCUAUGGAGGCUGUGCAGGGCCAUUAAUGAAUGUUCCUUGUGUUCAAGACAGAGUUUUCUAUUUCCCUCAGGGUCACAUUGAAUUGUUGCCAGAACCUACAGAACAAUAUUUGAGGCAGAUGAAGAACCAGAAAUCUCCCAAAUACGAUCUUCCCGUCAAAGAUCUUAUGUCGUGUUAUCGAUGUUAA